AUGGAAGUCGUGCGCCUGCUGUUGGAACACGGCGCGUUCCCGGAUCAGGCAGAUUAUUGUGGAUGGACUUCGCUUCUAUGGGCAAGUUUCAAAGGAUCCGCGGAAAUCGUGAAAUGCCUUCUGGAGAAAAAGGCGGACCCGAAUAUCGCUGGGUAUUACCAUGCAACCCCGCUGAUUUGGGCCGCGGGUCGGGGUCAUGCGGAAGUCGUGAUCGAGCUACUGAAUCACGGAGCAAAGCCCAAUGUACCUGACAAGUUCGGCACCACGCCAUUGGUAUGGGCUUGUCGGAAAGGCUACUUGGAAAGCGUUCGGUAUUUGUUGGACCGCGGGGCGAACGUCGACUCCGCCGGAUUGUACUCUUGGUUUCCACUGCUUGUGGCUGUGCAAGGAGGACACCUGGACGUCGUCAAUCUCCUCCUGCAGCACAAACCGAACGUGAAUAGUUUGGAUAAGGACGGUUGUCCUCCAUUAGCGUAUGCUUGCAAAGAAGGUUACCUGGACAUUGUGAAAGCAUUGCUCAAUCAAGGAGCAUAUGUCAACGUGCAUGAUCGCAGUGGGGAUUCCAUGCUGAUUUAUGCUGCAAAAGGUGGACACAAGUCUGUCGUGGAAGCGUUGUUGAGAAAACACGCUGAAGUUAAUGCGCAAGGCGAAGACAAGAAAACCGCCCUUUAUUGUGCCGUGGAGAAAAAUCAUAUCGCCGUCGUGAAAACGUUAUUGGCCGGAUCGAUAGACGUGGAAUUGGCGAACAAGGAUGGGGAUAACCCUUUGAUGAAGGCUGUGCGAAAUCGCAAUGCCGAAAUCGUACAGUUGCUGCUUGAGAAGAAAGCCAAGGUCUCGGCCUGCGACAAAAAGGGAGACACCGCUUUGCACAUCGCCAUGAGAGGUUCGCAGAAAACCAUCGUCGAGAUUCUCCUGAUGAAUCCCAAGAACAGCCAGUUAUUGUACAGGCCAAAUUUGAAGGGUGAAACGCCGUACAACAUGGAUCUUCAACACGAAAGAACCAUUCUGGGUCAACUUUUCGGAGCCCGAAGAUUAAACAUGGAGCAAAAUGAGAACCUGCUGGGAUACGAUUUGUACUCCGGGGCACUCGCCGAAAUGUUGAGCGAACCCUCUAUAUCUAUGCCGAUUUCGGUUGGAUUGUAUGCGAAAUGGGGUUCUGGGAAGUCUUUCCUCUUGACGAAGCUGAAAGAGGACAUGAAGAACUUCGGAAGACAAUGGGUCAUGGAGCCUCCUCUGCAGUUAUCGACGCCUUUAUUUCUCACAGCAUUAGUGUGCUCAGUGAUGAUUGGUUUGGGUGUUGGAUUGGGAUUCAGCAAUUGGCGUCUGGCUGUCGGACUCGGAUUCGGGUUACUCACUGUGGUCUACUCAGCGUUGUUCGUGAUAUGGUAUUUUUCUCGGAGCUGGACGGAAAGAAAAGCAAUUAAAAACUUCGGUGUGAAGCUCGCCAAGAAAAUGAGCUCGUUGAGAAUGGCGACAAGCAUUUUGUUCUGUCAUCCUCCUGGACCUCGAGCUUAUUCAGAUGAAAGCAGAGUUGCUCAGCCAAUCAGAUUCUUUUUUACCGACAAAGCGAAGCUGGUCUCCACCACCGGAGCUGGAGUGAACAUUGUAGUGAACAUGAUCGCGUCCUUGUAUGAGAGUGUGGAACGUGAUCAAGGCACCCUGACGACGAGACUCUGCAGAGCUUUGCGCCCAAAACCCGUUCAUUCCGCUUCUCCUUGGCGAUUUCGUCGUGUCUGCUGUUUGCCCGUUUUCCUGGUUGUGAUUUUCAUGCUGCUUUGCAUUGUGGUGAUGAUCGGCUUGACGAUCGGCCUCGCACGUCUCCAAGAUAUCAAACCGUCCGAGACCGGGGUUGAUGAAGAGCUUGAGGGUAAUUUGAAUGGAACCUUGAAUUCCCAGUACGAAGCUCUGACGUUGGGCAUUGAAGACGAAGCGGAGACAGCCAUGAAGCAGCGUUUGGAACUGGGUUUGAUGGCCGUGGCAGCUACCUUUGGCUGCGUUCUCAUCGCAUCCGCAUCGUGUUUAUUCCGAAUUAUAAAGGCCGUCAUUUUGUCCCCGCGGUCGCAGAUUAGAAGGGCCCUACGAUCUCAGGUGGCGGAUUCCGCUGGGAUGAAUGCAGCGGGUGCUGGGAUUCCUGGGACGUUACCCGGCACUGCGUUUCAAGUGGCUGCGCCAGAUAGUUACCUGCAUGCCCUGAAGAAGGAAGUCCGCCUUUUGAACCAGAUCGUGCAAUCAUUGGAUGCGUUCGGAUCCCGUCAAAGCCGUUUGGUAGUGAUAGUUGACGGAUUGGAUUCCUGUCAGCAAGAUCAAGUCCUACAUGUUCUCGAUGCUAUUCAUCUGCUUUUUUCUGAUGAGCAUUCACCUUUCAUCGUCAUUCUUGCAAUCGAUCCACAUAUCGUGAUAAAAGCAAUAGAGCUGAACUCGAAUAGAGUUUUUCAGGAGUCGAAUAUCAGCGGCUAUGAUUACUUGCACUGUAUUGUUCACCUGCCGUUCUACCUGCAAAAUUCUUCCCUUCGCAAAGUCAAGAUGGCUCAAGCUGCUGCCAAGCACAUAUUUCACCGUCAUCCAAACGUUUUCGCACAGGAUCCCAAUUUAGAUGACGAAGCAAAUCAUGCGUACAUGCUUCAACGGAGAACAUCGAACGCUUCAUUGGCCAGUCACAAUUUUUCUCAUCGGGUUCGUCAAACCUCGGUAUCUCAAGCUGGAAGAAAUCUGUCCGUUGUUGGUGGAAAAUCAGUGCCUGUCAAAUCAGCAGAAUCCUUGGCUGGUAGCGUCAGCAGUAAUAUUCACCGCGUCGGUGGUAUGAAUAUAAACCACCAGGGUUACGCGGUUUCUGCUGGUGCCCAGGAUUUGACUCGCGUUCUAUUGACUGACGAUUACUUCAAUGAUGUCAAUCCUAGAAGUAUGAGGCGACUGAUGAACGUUGUUUACGUCACUGGUCGUUUGCUGAAAGCUUUUCAAAUAGACUUCAACUGGUAUAACCUCGCUAUUUGGAUCAAUAUAACGGAGCAAUGGCCGUACAGAACCUCUUGGCUGAUUUAUUACUACGAGUGGUUUUCAGAGAAGCUGGACGAUUCCACGCCUUUGAAGGAUAUUUACGAUGCCCGUUUGGUAGUGAUAGUUGACGGAUUGGAUUCCUGUCAGCAAGAUCAAGUCCUACAUGUUCUCGAUGCUAUUCAUCUGCUUUUUUCUGAUGAGCAUUCACCUUUCAUCGUCAUUCUUGCAAUCGAUCCACAUAUCGUGAUAAAAGCAAUAGAGCUGAACUCGAAUAGAGUUUUUCAGGAGUCGAAUAUCAGCGGCUAUGAUUACUUGCACUGUAUUGUUCACCUGCCGUUCUACCUGCAAAAUUCUUCCCUUCGCAAAGUCAAGAUGGCUCAAGCUGCUGCCAAGCACAUAUUUCACCGUCAUCCAAAUGUUUUCGCACAGGAUCCCAAUUUAGAUGACGAAGCAAAUCAUGCGGGUUACGCGGUUUCUGCUGGUGCCCAGGAUUUGACUCGCGUUCUAUUGACUGACGAUUACUUCAAUGAUGUCAAUCCUAGAAGUAUGAGGCGACUGAUGAACGUCGUUUACGUCACUGGUCGUUUGCUGAAAGCUUUUCAAAUAGACUUCAACUGGUAUAACCUCGCUAUUUGGAUCAAUAUAACGGAGCAAUGGCCGUACAGAACCUCUUGGCUGAUUUAUUACUACGAGUGGUUUUCAGAGAAGCUGGACGAUUCCACGCCUUUGAAGGAUAUUUACGAUGCUGUUUACCAUGCGAUGCCGCAUUCGAGAGAAGUGCAUCCUUUGGUGGAUAUCGACCGCGACGAGAAGAAGCUGUCGGUUUUUCUCUCAUUUCACAAGAUCUCUUUGCAAGUUAGCCACAUGAAAGUGUUCCUGCCGUUCACCAUAAAUCUCGAUCCGUACUUGAGAAAAGUCAUCAAAGAGAGUUGUCCAACUUUCGAAGUAGAGUCCAAAUUGUCGCACGACUCGGAAGUGCCCGUGGUUCUGCCCAUGAGGGAUCUCGAAAGAGGGCAGCCCAUUCUGGAAGGAUCUCUUCCAUCCCCGGCUUUUGCCUCUCAGGCAUGGAGUAGUGGGGAUGUCGCUCUUAUCGGUCAAAACCCGGGAUUUCGUCAUCACUUAUCGUCUAUGGGAGGAGGAAGAGGAGCUGUGGUUGGUCUUAAUCCGACGAUGAAGAUGAUGUCGCAAGUUAACCCGUAUAGCUUCGAAAUGUCCAUGAACCCGUGGAUGAACAUGGUUGCGAAUCCUUCUCAGGAUUUUGCUCUCCAAGAUUAUCAGUUGCCUCAUUCCGCUGGAUUGAUCGUCGCUAAAAUUGCGUUUCUUCGCAGGUUUGAUGCUUACAAAGAAGCUCUGAAGCUCCACAACAUCAGUGGAGCAGUUUUGCUCACGUGUUCAUUAGACGACCUGAAGGCAGUUCUAGGGAUGACGUUUGGAGACUGGGAGAUGUUCAAACAAAUGGUGCUGUUCUUGCGUCAGCGAGAAAAGGAAAUGAGUGCCUUGAGAGAAUUUCCUUCACGCUUGACUCCGAGCGGGAAAGAUAACGUCGAUGUGGGUGAUGCCUGUAAGAGUCGCUUGGCGACUGUCCCAUCCGAGGAAGAACGAGUCGGACAGAGUUCUCUUAGCAAAAAUAAGGGCGUACAAGAAAAGGGAUCCUCUCCCUUUUUAGCUGGAGAAGGUAAACCUGAGCUGAUUUCCUNCUGUAAGAGUCGCUUGGCGACUGUCCCAUCCGAGGAAGAACGAGUCGGACAGAGUUCUCUUAGCAAAAAUAAGGGCGUACAAGAAAAGGGAUCCUCUCCCUUUUUAGCUGGAGAAGAGAGUUGUCCAACUUUCGAAGUAGAGUCCAAAUUGUCGCACGACUCGGAAGUGCCCGUGGUUCUGCCCAUGAGGGAUCUCGAAAGAGGGCAGCCCAUUCUGGAAGGAUCUCUUCCAUCCCCGGCUUUUGCCUCUCAGGCAUGGAGUAGUGGGGAUGUCGCUCUUAUCGGUCAAAACCCGGGAUUUCGUCAUCACUUAUCGUCUAUGGGAGGAGGAAGAGGAGCUGUGGUUGGUCUUAAUCAGACGAUGAAGAUGAUGUCGCAAGUUAACCCGUAUAGCUUCGAAAUGUCCAUGAACCCGUGGAUGAACAUGGUUGCGAAUCCCUCUCAGGAUUUUGCUCUCCAAGAUUAUCAGUUGCCUCAUUCCGCUGGAUUGAUCGUCGCUAAAAUUGCGGAAACCGGCUGCUCUUCUGUGAGAAAUGUUCCAGUGGAAGGCGUGUGUACGUUCCUCGAUGCCUUAAGCAAUCUCAAAGAAGCGUCCAAA